ACCUGUCUCCCUCCAGCAGGUGGCAUUUUUUCGUUUUGCCAACCAAGCAAGGACUUUUUUUUAUGGAGGUCAAUGAGAGUGUCUCGAAUUUAGUCAACAAAAAAAUGAAUGGCUUAUUUGCUACGUGAGGUUUAUUUGAUUGAAUAUAAUUUUCGUAAUGCUUAAGUUGUUACAACUGUACUGAUAUUAGUAGAACAUGUGACAUCCCGGCAACAUUGAGAAAAAAACACUUUAUUUGUGAGUUGUCUCGAGAUGGCUAUGCAUAUUCAUGACAUCAGGCAAGUAGCAUAGCAUUUGUCAACAACAUUCAUCAAAUAUAAAAAAAAUUGUAAAAAAAAAGAUUGUAAUAAUGAGAUGUAUCCACCAAUCCAAAGAAAGGAUUUGCGGGCGCUAGAUAGCAUGCCGUUCUGCUUUGUGGACAAUGACUCCCAUUGUUAGGGUGGAGAGACAUGUAUCUUGUCAGUAUAUUCAUAAUCUUCGGUAACUCAGGAAGUGUAGUUUCGUCGGAUGGAGGCACCCGUAGCUGUAUGGAUCUGUGCAAAACUGCUACAGGUGGUUUUGUUGAAGAGUGCAUGGCGUCUGCAUCAGAAGACAGUAUGGCGUCCCUGUGCCAGAGCCAGCAGCAGUGUGUGAAGGCCUCCAUCGUGUCCAGCUGGCAGCUGGUGGAGGCUCAGGACCAGCUGUGUGGGCUGGAGCUGCACGGCUCCGAGAGUGUUGAGCAGGAGCAUGCCCGCGCCAUUGCCAGCCAAUCAGAGCUCUCCCAGACGGAACAAGAGUGGCGCCGGAAGGAGAGCAUGCUGGGAGGCAGCAGAAGCCCUGUGCUCAGUGCUGACAGCAGCCAGGAUGUGUUUGACAAGAGUAUUAUUAAUUCAAGAAGUAAAAAUGUUGAAUUGGAGGAUCAUGACCAGAGCAUAACCUUUGUUCAGAAGUAUGAACAAGAAUUGAGACAUUUCGGCAUGUUGCGGAGGUGGGAUGACAGCCAGCGGUUCCUGUCUGACCUGCCUCACCUCGUCUGUGAGGAGACUGCCAACUACCUGAUCCUCUGGUGCUUCAGACUACAGGCUGAAGAGAAAGAGGCGUUGAUGGAGCAGGUAGCUCACCAGGCUGUUGCUAUGCAGUUUAUCCUGGAGAUGGCCAGGACCUCCCAGCAGGACCCCAGAGGCUGUUUCCGUCAGUUCUUCCACAAAGCCAAAGCAGGACAAGAGUACUUGGAUGUAUUUCAUACUGAGCUAGAGGCCUUUAAGCAGAGAGUAAAAGAGCACACUGUCAAGUGCAAAGGAGAGACACUCCCCAACUUUACAGAGCACAAGAGCAGCACAGCACGCUGUCGUCCGGACCCCAAAGAAGUUCUAGAAUCUUUACCCCCUGAACUGAAGUCAGGGUUCCAGCUGCAAGACAUGCAGAUUCUCCAGAAUGUUCUCAGCACCAUGAAUCCACAGGUGGCAGAGUACCAUGUGAAGCGCUGUCUGGAGGCUGGCUUGUGGAACAGGGAAGGGAGGUGGUCCAAGGAGGAGGCUACUUUAGAAACAGACGAUCUGCGCAUGAUGGAGACAUAACGAAUGUGGAGCAAGCGCCCUCCAUUUCCCCAUCAGUUCAUGACACUCAAUAGAAAUACUACAAAAUGGAAGAAAAAGGGCUUUGCUCCCACAGACUUAUUUUUGUAUGCCGCGCUGGAAUGUGUCCUGCACUUUUAUAUUUUGUUCAAAACCAAAAAGUAUUUAAGGGAAGACGAUUGGUAGGUAUUUUGAAGUACUUACUGUACCUUUUGCUUAUGUCAUAUCUUGAAGGGAGUUUAAAACGGUUUUCAUCUACAGUAGGUUUGACUGGACCCGGCACAGUCCUUCCCUAGCAGGAGGGGGAAAACCUGAGCAUUAGAAUAAAACACGCUCUCGUUGUAAAUAAAAGUACACAUUGUUUUUUAAUUGAAGAAACAAAAGGCCUGUUCCUGGACUCAUGGUUCUGCAGUGGACAUCUCUGACAUGCUGUCUAAAACUGCUAUGACACCUAGCACAUGUGGUCAGAACUGUCCUAGAAACGUUCAUAGAAACUGCUCAGUGCUCCUUUAAACUCCUGCGUGUCCAGUUCGUCAUCAUUAGGCCAAACAUGGAUACUACCACGGUGUAGCUAUGACGACAUAACUAUGCAAAGUGAUCAGUUGACUGCUGUGCCGAAUUCUUACUUUUGAUUUUGUUACUGCUUGUCCCUCAACCAACGCUCCAAAAAUGUGUCUUGUCUUUCUAUGUACAUCACAGAAGAAUAAGCUUCUCAACAUAAGUGUGUGGCUGCUAAACCUACUCACAGACUUGAUUGUGGAAUAGAAACAAAUCGUGAAACUUUCUGGCUCACGUAGCGUUUUUAACAUCCUGUGUUACGCUCUGUUUGAAAUAGGACAGCUUUAAAACAACUGUGUUCAGGGGAAAUGCUUUUCAUACUUUAAGGCCUACCAGCCAUAUUAGGUACUUAGACUUUUGCAGAGAGUCAAAGGUCAACAUUAAAUGGAAAGCUGUUUGUUGCGUUUCACAAUUUGUUUUUAUUAUAUUAGUUUAUUUUACAUUUUUAAACAGUUUGCCUGAAUAGUCUCUUCCAGCAAGUGAGACUUGAUAAUAAAUAGAAGUUUAAGGUUCAUAAAAGUAUAUUCAUUUUAAUAAAAUAAUUAUUCCUUUGAUCAUCAAAGUACAGAUAAUGUGCUACAAAAAUUAUGCAUAUAAUAUGCUGGUAAGACAUCCAGCAUACAUUUUCAGUAUAGAUUAAUCAGAUUACAAAUCUAAACUCCCAAGGCAAGGCCACAGUCAGAGAAAAUAUACAAAUAUCGCAAUUAAAACUAGGCAUCGGCUAAUUACAGCUUUUUUGAGAAAAUACGUCUCUGUGAUAAGUUAUGAGCCUGGCAUCCAAAUAGAUUAUGACGUUUCACUUCGCGGGAGUGCAACGUUUUAACCAGGCUAACAACUUCAAAUGACAGCUGUUCUAAACUACUGCAUUUCUGGUGACAAAUGUUUCACUGAAAUCAGUGUCAUUGGCAUUGUCUUUUUUUAAAUCGUGAAUUAAUUGCAUGGUGAUUCACUUUUUUUUUUUGUAUCAUUUAAAAGCGACACGAUAUGUCAACAACAGGCACUUGACCCUAAAGAUGAAUUCAAGACAACUUCACCUAAUAUAAUGGCACUUUCCCCUUUACCCCAUUUAUAGUUGUCCUGUACACAGACAGACCAAGGACGGGUAUGAAUUGGAUACAAAACCACAUCACCUUGCAACAAGCUACAAUACAGAUCUGUUUGUGCUGUCCUGCCAACUUCUAUGGCCAUUGUUUGGCAUGAUUAUAGAAGUUGCCCAGAGCACAAACAGAUCUGGGACCAGGCUACAUAUGGAAUGAACAGAGAUAGAAUGUGACAUUAGUUGAAUGAGUGGUCCUCAUCCACAUAUGCUGUAGUAGUAAAUGACAUGGUCUUAUAUAGGCACUGAGAUACUGUUACAUUUUGGACCAAAGUUGAGUCCCAUUUAAAGUUGUGGUAAGCUGAUCCAUUCUUUUCCCGGGAGUGUAUUCUAUGCUUUCCCAACAACCUUUUAAUUUUGUGGGGAGAGUUUUUUGGACAGGAAGGCCUGAAUGUGAGGCCAGAUCUGGUUGGUUUCCGUUCCUGAGAAUGUCUUCAACACCCCUUUACUCCUGUUGUCAGAAACAGACAUUAGUACCUCAUGACAGUCAUGAAAGUUAUCACAAUAAACAUAAGCAGUGAAACAGGUCAUGUUCAGUAGGUAAAAAAAAUAAAACGUUUUGAAAUGG